GGAAAAGUGCAGUGCCACUGUCCAUAAUAAAUAUCUCAUCGGCCGCUCUCGCUCCAAAUCGAGAACAGUGCUGGUGUUCCACAGUCGCCAAAUUGUACAAGAGUUUGUACCUCCGCUCCGAGAACUCCAUCUUUGGAGCAUCUCUAUGGCUUUAUGGGCAUUAAAAUUCACGUUCAAUUUCGUAGUUUGAGUUGCUCCGAGGUGUUCCACAUGCAGCUCCUCUCUCUUUCAUAUCUCUCCUUUUAGAGACAGAUUACAUUUCAUUUCGAUACAAUCGACAUAAAAAUGGAGUCUUGUGUAAUUGGGUCCUUUCACAAACCUUCACCGCGACUCUCAUUUCCAUUUGGUGCUGGUCUGUGCUCGUAUCCUUUAGGUUAUGGUGUUGCAGGACAUGUCUUGAAAUGCAAAGCUUCCAGCAACGUAGAACGACUCUACGCAGCACCCAUUAGAUUACAACUGCAAAAGCCGAAUUUGGUGAGCCAACAUUCUAGAAGGAUUGGCCAAAGAAGUAUUACACUAAAUCCAAGGCGGAAUUUGGCCGGUAUACUGAAAUCAGCAUCUACACAUUCUUUUGACUCUGAUAAUUCGAAGAGCCCAUGGAGUUCGGCACAGGAUGCAUUAGAUGCUUUCUACCGAUUUUCACGACCUCAUACUAUAAUAGGAACGGCUUUGAGUAUAAUCUCAGUUUCUCUCCUUGCAGUCGAGAAGCUCUCCGAUUUCUCUCCGUUGUUUUUCACUAGGGUGCUAGAGGCAAUUGUUGCUGCCCUGUUGAUGAAUGUAUAUAUUGUUGGUUUAAAUCAACUCACUGACAUAGAAAUAGACAAGGUUAACAAACCAUAUCUUCCCUUGGCGUCUGGGGAAUUCUCUUUCAGAACCGGGGUCAUGAUUGUCACAUCAUUUGCCAUCUCAGUGGGUUCAUGGCCAUUAUUUUGCGCUCUCUUCGUCAGCUUUAUACUUGGAACUGCCUAUUCCAUCAAUGUACCCUUUUUUAGGUGGAAGAGAUUUGCUGUACUUGCAGCCAUGUGCAUCUUUGCUGUGCGGGCAUUAAUUGUACAAAUUGCAUUCUAUUUGCAUGUGCAGGACAUACCCGAUAUUGUUGGGGACAGGAUUUACGGGAUACGAUCUUUUACUGUCCGUUUGGGCCAGGAGAGAGUCUUUUGGAUUUGCAUUGCACUCCUUGAAAUGGCAUAUGCUGUUGCUUUGUUUAUAGGAGCUACAUCCCCUUCCAUGUGGAGCAAGUGGAUUACGGUCACUGGUCACGCCUUGCUGGGUUUAUUGCUUUGGAAUCGUGCAAAAUCAAUCGACUUGAAAAGCAAGGCUGCAAUUACAUCCUUCUACAUGUUCAUAUGGAAGCUGUUUUAUGCCGAGUAUCUGCUUAUUCCCCUGAUAAGGUAAAAUAAUAUGGUGCUGGCGGAGAAAAUGUCACUGUGGUGUAGUCUUUCUGGAUUGGUCUCAACUGCCGAAUUCAAAGGUUUUCUUCUUUAAUGAAUAAAAAAACUGAGAAAAAGAAGAUAAUAAAUGGUGCAACAUAUAUACACCCUCGCAGGUGUUUCCAAUAACUUUGAAAGAAAAUGUUGUGGAAAUGGAAUAGUAUUGAGCUGCAGGUGUUUCCAAAUUUUAGUUAGGGUUUCUUUGUGGUCACAUUGGAUUUGGGGUAGUUUUUGUAGUUGACACUUUGUUUGACUGCCUGGACUUGUAUUAUUUUAAUUUAUGUUGAACAAUCCAGUGCUUGAAGAAGUAGUAAGAUGCGUAAAAGGUUCCUAUUGAGCCUGCAAAUAUGAACAUUUGUGUGAACGAAUUAUCGAGCUCGAGUUCAGCAGAGCAUUAAUGAGCUCAAAAGUGUGGGAUCGAGCUCGUAAAGUCGAUUGAGCAUGAGCUCAAACUUGUUAAGGUAAACUAGUCUAAAAAUCAUCCAUACAUGUUUACUAGUUUUUGCUUACAUAUGGCAUAAUAGUGUCCUUCUAUAUUAAUUGUUUUAGAUUUACCUGAAUUAAGUAUCAGCUUCGACUUGUGCAUUUUCUUCUGGUGGGUCAGAAAUUUUAUGUGUAAUAAUUUUAACUU